GUGGGUGGUAGUACCCACCUCGCUUGCUGUUGUGUUCCGAUACAAGAGAGCAAGAUGGCGGAUACGCAGGUUGAUGUUGUCGAGGGCUGUCGACUCCCUGUCCUCAGGAAAAACCAAGAGAACGAGGACGAAUGGCCUCUAGCUGAGAUUCUCAGUGUGAAGGAGUUGACUGGGAGGAAGCUGUACUAUGUCCACUACAUUGACUUCAACAAGCGUCUGGACGAAUGGGUGACCCCAGACAGGCUAGACUUGAAGAAGCUGCAGUUCCCCAAGAAGGAGGCAAAGACGCCCACCAAGAAUGGCCUGCCGGGGUCCCGCCCCAGCUCCCCCGAAAGAGACCCUGUGAGGAAGAGUGUAGAUCACAGCCUCCAAACUGCUACAGCACCGUCCAGAGGCAAAACCCUCCCCACACCGAAGAGAAAGGCUGAGUCCGUCUCCCUGGCGAAUCAAGUAUCCCCGGCCACUCCCGUGCCUUCGCUGCCAGCUGCUACGGAAACCACACAGGCAUCUGUCUACCCAGCGGCACGGGACUCAAACACCUUCACCCCGAAAUCCAAUCCCCGCGACGAUCACGAGCAGCUCACCUCACUCACCACAAAUGGUACUGGCCGUCGCCUCAUGCCUUCUCAGCCAGGCAGGAAGAGGAAAGCAAAUUGUGUUGGCACUGAUGAGGACUCCCAAGACAGCUGCGACGGGAUCCCCUCCGCCCCCCGCAUGACAGGCAGCCUGGUGUCCGACCGUAGCCACGACGAUAUUGUCACACGCAUGAAGAACAUCGACUGCAUUGAGUUGGGCCGCCACCGCCUGAAGCCGUGGUACUUCUCGCCCUACCCCCAGGAGCUCACCGCCCUGCCCAUCCUGUAUCUCUGCGAGUUCUGCCUCAAGUACCUCAAGAGCCUCAAGUGUCUGCAGAGGCACCUGACAAAAUGCAACCUCCGCCAUCCCCCAGGGAAUGAGAUCUACCGCAAGGGCACCAUCUCCUUCUUUGAGAUCGAUGGCAGGAAGAACAAGACGUACUCGCAGAAUCUCUGCCUCCUGGCCAAGUGCUUCCUGGACCACAAGACACUGUACUACGACACCGACCCCUUCCUCUUUUAUGUUAUGACCGAGUAUGACUCCAAGGGCUUUCAUAUCGUGGGCUAUUUCUCCAAGGAAAAGGAGUCAACGGAGGAUUACAAUGUGGCCUGCAUCCUGACCCUCCCUCCCUACCAGAGGAGGGGGUAUGGCAAACUGCUGAUCGAGUUCAGCUACGAAUUGUCGAAAGUGGAGGGGAAGACAGGCACCCCGGAGAAGCCGCUGUCAGACCUGGGCCUGCUGUCCUACCGGAGCUACUGGUCCCAGACCAUCCUGGAGAUCCUCAUGGACCUGAAGUGUGACAAUGGAGAGCGACCUCAGAUCACCAUUAAUGAGAUCAGCGAAAUCACUAGUGUAAAGAAGGAAGAUGUCAUCUCUACCCUGCAGUAUCUCAACCUCAUCAACUACUACAAGGGGCAGUACAUCCUGACGCUGUCUGAGGACAUCGUGGAAGGACACGAGAGGGCCAUGCAGAAGCGGCACCUCCGCAUUGACCCCAAAUGUCUGCACUUCAACCCCAAGGACUGGAGCAAGAGGGGAAAAUGGUAGACCCUGUCCAUCAUCAGCCCCACAGCAGUGACCCCCGAGACAAGGUCUAUCCAGAGACCUACAGUCCAGUAGCUUCUGUCUUUCUCUGAAUUAUAACCUGAAAUGUUUUUUUUUUUGCCCAACAACUGAAACUAUAUUGGCUCAUUGGGAUUACAACCAAUGACAACCCGGAUCUAAUUCGGAGCCCUAAAGCCAUCAGUCAUCAUGUCAUCAGUAUGUCACAGAGCGCAACAAACACCUAUCCAGUUGUAGAAAUCCUCAUGACACUCAGUGGCAUACGACUGUCAUUUCACUGACUUUAAUCUUCAUUGAACAGCCUGUUGAAAUGGGUAGAAUCCCUCUGGUGUGAAUCUGUGCUUCGUUUGAAUCGUUGCUCAGACAUAAGGUAGCUGCAGAUUUACUGAAUGGAAUCAGCAUUUCUGGUGAAGGAUGGCAAUACUGUACUCCUUACAGAUUUGCAUUACUCCAGAUUCAGUGAGAGCUGGACACCUGAUCCUGCGUAGAUGUGUUUCAUAGAUAGGGACCAUUUGUACAUAACCCUUUUGUAAAGGAAUUUUAAAUGGUAUUGUAUUUCUGUAUGACAGAUGAGGUGUGAAUGGCAAAUCCUACCAUUUUAAAUGAGCCAUGUUGAACUGGUGCAAGAAUGUAAAUUUGGUGAUCUGUACAGUUUUUUUUUUUUAAA